AUGAUUAUUGAUAGGCUCAGGCCUCAUGCGGUAGACUAUCUGUUAAAGAAGUUUCUCAAUGACAUGCAGAACAAGACACUGAACGUUGAAGGGCGCACAGAGCGUGCGCAGAAGACAAUGAAGAUGCUAGAGGAGCGUUGCCGCAACUCAGACAAAGAACCCAUACACUUUCAACUUCUCAAAGUCCAAAGAUACCAAGCACUAAUGUAUUACGGACAACAAGUGCAAGUGGAUGCUCUCAUCAAGGCAGAUAUACAACCUGAUGGGAGUGAGGGUCACUUAUCGGAUAUCGAUACUAAGUUUCACACUAUGACUGAGUCAAAUAUAAGAGCGGCAUCCAAACUAAGAGAGCAGCGCAAGCGACACAAUGCACAGGCAACCAACCACGGCCAGGCUCAGAGUAGAACUACCACUACAAACAAGCGGCACAAACCGGACAACGGUGUACCCAAUCAAACUAAGCCAACAGGACAGACACAAGAGAAGAAAGGGGCGCGUGAGAAGCGUGCAUGUCUUUAUUGUAAGGAGAUGCCGGCCCCACAUCGGUUCAGUCUAUGUCCCAAGAAGGCUACGAAUCAGGCCAAGCAGGCUGAUGAGCAAGUCAAGAAGGAUGUGCAAAUAGCAAGACUGUCCAUCACAUCCGGCAAGGUAGAUGGUGUCACAGAGGGUGAUGAACUCUGA